AUGACAUUUAACCUCUUUCGCGUUCUGGGCGAUGUGUCCCAUCUCGCUUCGAUAUGUGUCCUGAUCUGGGCGAUGCAUAGAAACAAGAGCGCCGAGGGUGUUUCGCUCCUCACGCAGCUGCUUUAUGGAGUUGUAUUCAUAUUUCGCUACUUGGAUCUACUUGAGUGGCGCUCUUGGGAUAUCAAACAUGGAGGCUUUGGCGCGCUAUGGAACCUCAGCUUCAAGUUCUUUUACCUGACCUCUUCCUUCUAUCUUGUGUUCAUCAUGAUGAAGAUCUACCCGCGGACCCGAGAGAGGGAGAGAGCAUGGAAGUUUGGAAUCUACUCAGUGAUUGGGUCCCUUGUAAUGGCACCGCUCAUGAUGACCAUCACAAAGGACUGGCCGACUCACUGGUUCCUGGAGAUCUGCUGGGCCUUCUCAAUCAUCCUCGAAUCCGUGUGCGUGCUGCCACAGCUACUGCUUCUUCGUCAGACCACCGUUCCUACCGUGAUCGACUCCUACUACCUUCUGACCUUGGGCUCCUACCGAGCAUUCUACAUUCUGAACUGGUUGGUGCGCGGCUUUGGCAGUGAACACUUUUGGGAUCCGAUCGCCUUUAUCUUCGGUAUCGUACAAACCGCCUUUUACCUGGACUUUGCCUGGGUGUACUACUCCCGUCAGCGGGUGAAGCUGCGUAACGGCGGCGUCGUGGACUCGGAGGAUUUCAGCAAGAGCUGGCUGGUGAACCGCGUAGUGAACUUCCGUGCCCGACGCACCUCGGCCGACGAGGAGCAGAACCUGCGCGAUGACGAAGAAGGCGUGGACGGCCGCCCGAGCAACAACCGGUGGGGGCCCCGAGGCAUUUCAAUCGCGGCCGAUGAUACCCUGGACCACCAGGACCAGCACCACGAUGCCGACGAACUCGAAAGUGAUCGGGAAGCUAGAUGA